GACGAUAGGAGUUGUGUUAUUAAAUGCUAGGUCUUGAUGUUGCAAGAGCAGCCUUCUUUUAUGGAUGGUCCCUUCCUAUGACGCAGCCUUGUAUUCCAGUUUCACAAGCCUCCACAUCAUUCGCACGUCCUGCAGACCCUGAACCAUCCUGUCACUCCUGCCUUGUUGUUCCUUCGAUCAAAGCACUCAUUUGUUGUCGAUCACACCAAGCUUUUACCACGGCAGACGUCAUGCGGUUUACCUUCACCUCGAUUCCAGCAUUCUAAUUGGCUCAUCAGUCCGACGCCACAAAUGUGUUCCUGGUUUGGCC